AUGGGACCGAAAAGAAACGCGUCUCCCUCCCCCCCUCCUUUCAGACCCAAUUACUACGAAAAUAUCUCGGUCCACGGCAUGAGGAGAGUGGUCAUAUCUGGUCCGGCACUCGUCAAGCACGACGCAGAUUUUAUUCCAGACAUAGUCCUUCGAGCGAGCGUCGAAACCAUCCAAUUGAACUGUCAUUCUCGUCUCUCGACACUGCUCAAUGGUUCAUACCCUGCGCCUCCAAUUUACCUCGGACCCGAUCAAACAACAUGGAUUCGAGUCUACAACGACGCAGAUGUGAAUACCACAAUGGGUGAUUAA